AUGCCGUCAGUUCAUCCCCAGAACCCAUGCCUUUCCAGCCACCCUCCCUGCUGCCACCACCGCUGCCCCUCUCUGUGCCUGCCGCCCAGCCCACCCCAUAAGCAGCCGGGCGGCAGACAGGUGCACAUCUGCCGCCCCCAGGAGCGCCUCUGGGUGAUAACACCUCCCACAGAGCCAGACGAGGUGCGAUAUCUGUGGGCGGGCAAUCGGCUGCCCUUUGAAGCUUCUCUGCAGCUUCCGUUAGAAGGCGAACUUCCUGGUCAGGCUUGGAGCAGCGCUGCAAGAGGUGCCAAUGACGUCGCCAACUCUUUCGCCACGUCCGUCGGGUCGCGGUCGCUCACGCUCGCCCAAGCCGUCUGCAUCGCCAUCUUCACGGAGUUUGGCGGAGCGAUUGCUCUCGGUGCCACUACGACCAAGACGGUUAAGGACGGAAUCAUCCAAACGAGCCUAUUCAGCAGUCGUCCGGACCUUCUCAUGUCGGGAUUCAUGUGCGCGCUGAUAGCGUCGUCCACGUGGGUCAUGACCGCCACGUACUUUAGCUUUCCCGUGUCCAGCACACAUUCCGUCAUCGGCGCGCUAAUCGGAGUCGGCGUCAGCGCGUUCGGCAUCAACGCCGUGAAUUGGGGCUGGGACAACAAGGGCGUGGCGCAGGUCGCGGCGUCGUGGGUCAUCGCGCCGGCUGUGGCUGGUAUCCUGGCCGCAAUAAUCUACACGAUCACGUUAUACGCCGUCAUGAAGCGCAAGAACUCGCUGCGCGCCGGCAUCUACGCGAUCCCAGUCUACUUCACCAUCACCACGUUCAUCGUGUCGUUCUACGUCGCGACCAAGAACGGCAAGUCGACUCUCUCCUUCAGCGCCUCUACUGUCGGCGGCGCGGUCAAGGUCUCCGGCAAUGUCGCUCUGGCGUUCACGAUCAUCGGAGUGGUAACCGGACUCGUGCUAACCUUCUGCGUCGCCUUCCUUGUGCCGUUCUUCAUCCGACGGCUGGAGAAGGAGGAGGCCCUCAAGUGGUAUCAUAUCUUCUACAUCUGGUGCGUGCCGGAGCAGCCGCAGGACCCCAAGAUCGAUAUCUACCUGAAACGUGCGUUCACGCCGCAGCUGCUCAGUGACGAGGAGAAGAAGGAAAUCGGCAUGCCGAUUGACGAUCCCGAGGAUAUCAAAGACAAGGAGCCCGAGAAGCCUGUGUCAAAGAACCCAGUCGUUCGGUUCCUUUAUAAGCUCAGGGUGCUAAUGUGGCGUGCGCUUUUCAUCGACGUGGCGACCCUGCAGAAGGAAAACAAGCGCGCGACCCGCGCGCACGAGGUGGCGGUGCUGUACGACAACAAGACGGAGUACCUCUACUCGCUACUCCAAGUCAUGACCGCUGCGUUUGCGAGCUUCGCACACGGGUCCAACGACAUCGCAAACGCCCUGGGCCCCGUGGCGGGUGUGUAUCAGAUCUGGAAUUCCGGGACGUUCACGUCGGACGCAAGCGUGCCCACGUGGAUGCUCGCGUAUGUCGGUAUCGCCCUCGACUUCGGCCUCGCAUUCUACGGUUACCACAUCAUGCGAGCCCUCGGCAACAACAUCACGUACCACUCGCCGUCGCGCGGGUUCUCCAUGGAGCUGGGCUCUGCCCUCUCCGUCAUCACCGCGUCGUUCCUCGCGCUACCGGUCUCCACCACGCAGUGCAUCGUCGGCGCGACCAUCGCCGUGGGGCUGUGCAACGGCAACUGGCGGGCGAUUAACUGGGGCAUGGUGGCCAUCGCUGGGUUCGGAUGGGUUCUCACGCUCCCCGUGGCGGCCUUAUGGGCCGGCCUGCUCUAUGCCAUCCUCACCCGCGGCCCCAGCUUCACAAUGCCGCCCGGCAUGUAA